AUGAAGACAGAGACACAGGCGGGACUAAGCGGAGCUGCCAAUAUUCCUACUACCAAGAUGCUGUAUCGAGUGUACGAUGGGCCCGAGCGGGAGGAGAGCUACGGCAUUUCUCUCGCGCGGGCGAUUGGGUUUCCGGGCGCUUUUAUCGCAAAGGCAGAGUCUGUUGCGGGCGAGCUCCGACAACAAGCGCGGGCAAAUCGUACGGACGAGCACGAGCUACAAGAGGCGAGACGGCAAAAGUUGGUGACGGAGCUUGUGAGGCAGCUGAGAUUGGGGCAUCGCAGCCAGGCCGACGAUGAAGAGUUAUGGAGGUAUUUGCAACAGGUCAACGAUAAAUUUUGGUCAAACAUGUUUGCCUCGGAAAAUGUUGAAGAGCUUGAAGGAAGCGGGGAUGACGAGAUUGACUACGGCCAUUCAGCUGAAGACGAGCUGGAGUAUUUUGAACAAAGGCAUAGCGAGAUGACGUACUGA